GCAUUACUCCAUGUGUAAAAUGAAUUUCACCCGGAGAAAUCUAUUUCUUACAAGACGCACCUCAGCGGGCUAAAGAUGCCCGAUGGCCCGCACAGCUGAGAGUUGCGCUUUUUUUCCUUAUUCUUAAACUUAUUCUGUAUUUGGUCUGUUUGACAUGUUGAAGGUGUGUGAUAGUGUGUUUAGGAAAUGAGAGGGGUGUGCGCAGAGUUGUGAAUACAGUGAAGUCUGAAGCAAACAGCUGGACCAGCAGUCAGCCUGUGCCUUCGAGGAGCCGCAGGUGUUACACUAAAAAAGCAUUCGGUCAGUCUGGUGAAGUAGUUGUCAUGAUGCCUUCGCUGUAUGGACUUGGAUGGACUUUAUUCUUCCUCUCUUUCCUCUUGGAGCACCCAGAAGCUCAGAGUGGAGAGCCGCACUGCUCAGUGGCCGGUCCAGUGGGCGCUCGACAUCCGGUUCAGGGUCUGCUGGAAAGGUUUGAGGCAGGUCCCGGCUGUGCUGCUAGAGAACGGGGAAACAAGGAGACUCAUGUCAUUGCAUUAAGAAGAGUGACCAACAGCCCAGAAAACAAGGUGACAGUGCUGAUGAAGCCUCUGUCUCUGUCUCCUUCUCCUAUGAGGGUUGUCCACCUAGUGCUCAUCUCCAAAGUCCCAGUUACCUGGUGGUUGGAGGCCGAGAGACUGCCCUCCAACCUCCAGGUCCUGGUGCAGGUGUCCUCAAACGCCAGCGUACAGUCCAGCGCCCUGCGUUUGCACGUCCAGACGGUGCAUUCAUUGCCUUUUCGUCCCCGUGCACUGCAUCGCUGGGCUCUGAAGCAUCAUGGCAACCUGUCCUCUCUGACACACUCAUCACAUGGCAAUCGAGUCUACCUUCAACUGGGAGAGGAUCCAAACCUGCCUGCUGUGUGUCAGCUGCAGUCCAUGUUCAUCUCUCGCAACUACAUGACCUCUGACUUGCAGCCACAGGAAGUGCACGGUUGUGCCCACUUGAAUGUAGGCGGGGCUAUCCCUGAGGUCCACGUAAUUAAGCUCCAUUCAUCAGGCUCAGGCCUCUGUGGCUCCAUGCAGGUAGAGGUGACUGUAUCGCUUGUGCCUCCAGUGGCCGACUCAAGAGCGCACAAGAUUGUGUUGAUUCUCAGCAGCUCUGUGCCCGUCAACUGGGCCAUUACUGCUCAUGGCGUCCAGGGUCGCAUCUCUGUUCAUUCCUCCAACAGCGUGUCUCCACCCUACCCACCUGAGCCUGGCCUAACAGUGGCCAGCACACUCGACCCUGACCUGUCUAGCAUCUCGGACCUUCUCCUUUGGGCCCGUGAGAGUGGCUUCACCACGGUGACCUCAUACACUGAGGCCGACCUGGCCAAUCACUUUGUGAUCCAGCUGGCUGAGGGAGAAGCAGGUAAGUUUGCAGUGACGAAUCCACUGGUUGCAAGGCCUCCUGAGGCAGAGGAGCGCAGGUUGAGGCAGUGGCUGAAUGGUGGCAGCAGAGCAGGAGAAGGCCGGGAGGGUUUCACAGUGAACUGUGAGGGCGGACGCCUCAGCGUGACGGUGGACAGAAGCAUUCUGCAGAGCUUGUCUGUCCCGGUGGCUGCCGUGACUCUGCGUGACCUGACUUGCCAGGCUGAGUCCAAUGGGAGCCAUUUCCUUUUAGUGUUCCCAGUCAUUUCCUGUGGAACAGAGGGCCUGCUCCUGGGAGAGCCUAGAGGGGUGCAGUACAAAAACACGCUGUUACUAUGGAGGGACAAACCUCAGACCAUCCUUUCACUCAAUGAGACUGAGAAGUCCAAAGGUCCACUUGGCAUACGUUUCAGCUGUUUUUCUGCUGUCCCUGGCCCUCCGAGCAGCGCUGCUGCUAAUGAGAAUGUAAACACUGUGCAGACAGAACUGGUCCCCUGGGUGCCAGAGGGCUUGUGGCCCACCCCAGACCUAAGCCACUUCCCAACACCCAGACACAGAUCUGGGCCUGUUCUUCUUUUGCAGCUUUUUGUCACAGACAGCUACGAGCAGAGGCGGAUUGGUCCGUGUGUCAUCACCGCUGACCAGCGUGUCUAUGUCCAGAUUUCAGCUAAAGCACCUCUCGCAGAUGUCGUGGAAGUGAAGUCAUGCGUAGUCUCUUCUUUCUCAGACCCCAAAAAAUUGCCUUUCUGGACUGUGAUAAGUAACGGCUGUUCCUCUGACCCUUCACUGACCUUCAGUGCGAAGUCAAAACAUGAGCAAGAGGAGACUGAAGAUAACGUUGAAGCAGUAGAGGAAACGGAAGAGACAGAGGGCCUGGGAAAUGGCAGAAUUUAUCAAACAGGUGAAAAAGCAGAAAGUGGAGGAGGGAGAGACAAGAGGACCAUGAGUGUGAGAGAGGAGGAGGAGAUACAGCCCUUAAGAUUCAGCUUCAUUCUACGACCAGUUUAUAACGACUCAAUGCAGUUCCUCCACUGCAGCCUUCGCCUCUGUGUCUCUGACACAACUAGAGGGGAACCCAUGAAGGAAACUAUAAAGAAUGACUGUCAGGGCAGGCCACGCAUGCCUCUGCUUCUAUCUAGAUCACCCGGGCAUCAGUGUGAGAUCAGAAACCUCUCCAGACCCAUGGUGGUCACCCACCCUAUUAGUUCACUGUCACCUAAAAUGAGGAACCCUACUGGCCAACGAAUCAAGAGACUCAGCGUCACUCCACUGGCCAGACCAGAGACGGAGCACAGCAACCUGGUGGUGGAGACUGGACCAGUGAUGGGAAUCGUCUUUGCAGCCUUUGUAAUGGGUGUCGGUCUGAUGGGGGGGUUGUGGUGCAUCUAUAAUUAUACAGCCGAGCGGCCAGCAUCUUAUAGAGAUCAUCUAACAGACCAGACUCGUGGAGAACACAACAUCUGGAACCCGCCUUCUGUGUCUGAUCAGUCCUCGAGCUCAGUGUGAGGAUUUCCUCCUGCAAAUCUGAGAACGGAGAACUGGGACAGAGGUUUCAACAACUUCUGUGUGUGCAGCUGCCUUCUCUCUCUCUUUGUGUGUGUGUGCGUGCAUGUGUGGGCAUUUCUCCUCACGAGUACGGCUCGUUGCCGUGCAUCCGAAAUGUAAGAGACUGAUACUGUAUAUGCUAAAGUGAAUACAGCGCCGCUAAUUCAUCGCAGCGAAGAGUCAAGAGCUUUGACUCAAAGUGAAAAGGAGCUUCUUUGUCUUGUGUGGUGUUGUCAGCCAUUCGAUGCAGAGUCAUUUCAAAAGCAGCAGCGAAUCAUCACAUGUGGAGGCACAUAUAUGAAUCUGACAGAAUCUAAACAUGGUCGAGCGAGUCACUCUGAAACCACGUUAUUUUUUUUGCCCGUACAGAGCGAAUGCGAGGUCAAAGAUGAGGUCACAGUGCGCCUGUCUGAACAGUCAGCUUUUUACACUUGUUUUCACUAUUUAUGUUGUGAAUCAGCUGGAUGUUAAAACUGCGUUUAUCUGUGUGCGAAAUCUUUUGUGUAUGUGGGAAACAUAAAAUGUAUUAAAUGAGCUAAAAUCUGUCUCAAUCUUUCUCUCUCGUGUCUCAAAAAAAUGUAACCAUCUCAACAGCAUAACCAUAACGUCAAAGUCAUAGACAAAACAUGCUUAGCAAAGCUUAAGGGAAACAUGCCGUGGCUGAUUGUUAUCUUUGGGU